ACAGUAGCUGUAAAAUUUUUAUUUUAUUCAUCAUUCUUAUUGCAAUUUUAAGUGGUUAUAUACGACAAAUAAAAUAGGCCAUAAAUGAUGUAUUUGAUUUUAAGAAACUUUUCAAUUUUGAAUCAUUUUAAUUGUAAUAUUCAAAAUGUUAAAAUUUUCUUUCACAUGAAUUUUAGGUUUAUGUAAGACCAAUAUACGUACCGAAAUGCUUCGCGAAUUCGAUGUGAAAAAUCGACGCAACAUAAUUGAAUAUCGGUAUAUAUGGACUCAAUCAAUUUUACUAGGUUCACUGCCUAUAUUCAAUUAUUUUUCGAUGCGAACAAAUAGGAAUCUUUGAGAACUUGUGUUUCAUGAAGGUUAUGUUCUGGCUCAUUCGAUCGCUCCGGUCAUGCGCGGGCGCGCGGCCAACGAAGAUAUUAUGUUGGCGCGGCUCAUUAUUAUAUAUAUUUUUAUUGCGCGGUGCGCCCUGCGCUGAUGCUGCUCCUCACGUUUUUAGCGCGCCUUUUAAGUUCCAAUGUAAGUAUAAGUUUUAUAUGCAGUUAAAUUAUUAAUUUUUACAACAAUUUAAACUAUUUCUCUUACGUAUGAAAAUGUAAUUAAUCACUAAGUAAUAUCAACCAUAUAAUAGCUAUUGUGAUAUCUGACGAAUAAAUAUAAUUAUCACAAGUCGCAGUAAAAUAUUGUUAUUUAUUUCAGUGUUGUAAGAAGGAAUGGCAAAAAGAAGUUAAAACAAUGACACUGUGCUAGUAUACUAAUAAGCAUAUAUAAGCAUCGGCAUAAACCGUGACAAGGAAACUUUCAUUAUAAGUAUAACAAAAGACACCGUGCUGUUGUACAACGUAUAGGCCAACCAAUUGACACGCAUUGACAGUAGCGCGGUUGACGUAUCAUAAUACAAUUUGCGCUCAUAAAACGGAAAAAAAUGUUAGAUCGGUGAUAUCUAAUAUAUCUUAAUAAUAUAUUGAUGUACAGAAAAGAGUUAGUAAAAUGCGAAAGAAAUCUGCAAGUGGAACAAAUGAAUUUCAGAAAGCAGGAAGACAAGCUGCAUACCAAAGGGGAAAUCAAAGAGAAGGAUCACCUCACUACGUAUUUUUGUAUUCAGAAGAUGAUCAAAGUGAAGAUGAAGAAGUUUUUCCUAUGAAAGAUAGAAAUUCCAAGCCUGCUUUACCUCGCAAAGUUGAAGUGAUAAAUGUAAAAAUCCAAUCGGAUGAUACUCUGCAGGCAUUAGCUCUUAGAUAUCAUUGUACAAUAUCAGAGCUGAAAAGAAUUAAUAAUAUACAUAAGGACAAUGAAAUACAUGCUCAUCGCUCUAUAAAAGUUCCAGUUCAAGCGUAUUCAUUGUUGACUGAAACUCUUGGUAAAAGCAAUGAGUCCAAUCAAGAUAGUGCGCUAGAUCCAGCAGUCUCAAAUCAGACUGAAGGCACUUCAUCUAAGGAGAACCAAUUAAUUGAUUUAUUAACAACAGCAUCAACAUCUUCCACUAUAGAAAUUAAUAAUAUAAUUUUAAAUUCUACAGUCGAACCAUUAUCACAAUAUAAUAAUGAAUCUUCCCAAUCUGGUAUAGAUGAAACAGAAACUGAUCAGCUGAUAAACUCUAUAGAAAGUAUAAAUAGACGAUCUAGUAAUGAUGUUGUGAAUACAUUUAAAUGUUCUGGAGCAGAUUGGGGACUGUCAUGGUUUCAGCUCCUUUGUUUUUCUCUCCUUCUUGGUUUUCUAGGACCAAUUAUCUAUGUAUUAUAUAUUGCUGAAUCUUCAAAGCAUCAUCAUAGUUCUUAGACUACAAUUUGUUAAAAUUUUUAUCCAAACCAAUGUGAUUGAGAUUCUUAUACAUUUAGAAUGUUGCUCAUUUUUGUAAAAAAUUUAAUACUAUAAUAUUUAGGUAUGACUUGGUCAUGAGAAUCAUAGGCUCGAUUGUGAUAUAAUUCAGAUUAAACUGACAUUUUUGCAUAAAUUACACAUAAUAAGGACUAAAUAAAUAUUUUUUAUAAGACAGUCUACUUUCAGACUGAUGAUUUAUUAAAUGCAAUAUAAGAGUUUUAUAGUAAUAUAUGUGCCUUGGGAUACCUGACAAGGAUCACUUAGUAAUUUUGCCGUGAUAUUUAAUUAAUUUUAUUAUUUUUUGCUGUAAAAGCAAAGCUAAUAGGUUGCUCAAUAAUAGAAAAAAGUUAAAUUAUGUAGUAAAGAAGAGAAAUGUGUGUACUAAAAUGGAGUAUGUGAUUUGUACAACAUAGUAUUAUUAAAUAACAUUGAGUUAUAAGCAUAAAAAUAAAAUAUUGACUAAAUUUUUAAGCUUAUUAUUUUUUACACCAUAUUUAUUAUAAUAACAUAUGGUAUAUGAAUAAUUUUAAAACAGUAAAUAAAAAACUGCAAUUCAGAAUGUCAAGUUACAAAACAUUUAAGAAAAACUUUUAACUUAUGGAACCAAUUUGACAUAAACUUAAUGUUAAAUGCUGAUUCUUUGAUAAAGAUAUAAGUAAUAAAAGUUAUCAAGUUUUUUCUAGUUUAAUUUCUAUUGUAACUUUUAAGGUUACAUAACUAUAUUACCAAAUGUUUUUUUUUAAUUAUGAUAAAUUAUGAUAAAUUUUUUAUUUAUACAUAAAUAAGUAAACAUUUAGUUAGGCAAAUAUAAGAAAUUUAAAACGAUUGUAUAGAACAUGAAAGGAUAUGGACGUUUUUUAAAUAAAGUAACUACAUUUUAGAAAAAAUCGAUUUAAUUAUAGUCGUUUAUUAAUGUAACUGUUGGGCCUUACAUUAAUUUGUUGCAUAUGCUGCCAGUAGUAGCACAAAACUUAUGAUUUUCAUCAUAUUUAGAUGGUAA